AUGUUGCACGACUUCUCUUGGGGAGGGUUUGUUGCCCGUGCCAGUCUCGCCUCUUCUGUUCAGCCUCGGGCUACCGACGCCCAAACAUACGUCGAUAGAGCUUAUGCAGGCAUCGACCGACUCAACGCGGACUGGUACAAUGCUGCCACCGGCAUCUGGGACAACGCAUGGUGGAACAGCGCCAAUGCCCUGACCACGUUGGCCGACUUCACCACCCUCCGCCUCGACGAAGCCAACGAGCUCAACAUUGGUGGCUUCAUGCGCACCACUUUCAACAACGCCCAAAAGACACAAGUUCAAACCAUCAAGACCAUGAAUCAGGGCUUGGUAUCAUCUACAUACUGCAUCGAGUUGGACUCCGGCUGCAUGGCCAAGCGUGACUUCAUCGGAAAGCGUGGGUUCGAUGACUUCGAAAACGACUACUACGACGACGAGGGCUGGUGGGCCCUUGCUUGGAUUCGCUCUUAUGAUGCUGCUGGUGACCAGGAGUACCUCGACAUGGCCGUCUCCAUCUUCCAAGAUAUGCGGACCGCAAGUGGCUCUGACUGCAGCGUCGGCGUAUACUGGAGCAAGGACAGGGAAUACGUUAAUGCCAUCACCAACGAGCUGUACCUCACCGUCGCGGCUUCUUUGGCACGACGAGUUUCCGAGAAGAGCUCUACCUACCUGGAUAUUGCCAAGAAGCAUUGGGAUUGGUUCAGCCAGAGUGGCAUAAUUAAUGAUGACGACCUCGUCAACGAUGGGCUUGACUCCAAAUGCAAGAAUAAUGGCCUGCAGACUUGGAGCUACAACCAGGGCGUCAUCCUCGGCGGCCUUGUCGAGCUCCACCUUGCUACUGGAGAUAACUUCUACCUUGUCAGUGCGACGAAGAUUGCCAAGGCAGCUAUCAAGGCGCUCGCCAACGAUGAUGGCAUUCUAGUCGAGACUGACGACUGCGAGCUCAGCGAUACUCACUGUGGCACCGACGGACAGCAAUUCAAGGGCGUCUUCAUCCGAAAUCUCCGCUACCUCCACGAGGUCGCACCCCAGGACUUAUUCAAGUCGUUCAUAAUCAAGAACGCUGAUUCUAUCUGGAAGAACGACCGCAAUAAGAACGACCGCCUCGGUGUUGCAUGGACCGGUCCCUAUGUGGACGCCACCGGCCCUUCGCAUAGCAGCGCAUUGGAUGCCAUCGUGGCCGCCAUUGCCGUGGCCGACGAUUAA